UAGUAGCAAAAAGUGGAAUUUUGUAUAAUAAUCAUUUCUGACAAACAUAUACUAGAUGAUGAAAUGAAAAGAUCUAUGGAAUAUUCAACAUGUCUUGGUAUAUAUAUUUCCCACAUGAUAAAUAAUAUUCUACAUGAUGUAACCCUUUCAACUCACUCUUACCCUCUAGUAUCUUUUUUAACAUUUUUUUUAGUCAUGACCAAAACAUACAAUGCUUUAACUUCACUCCUACUCAAAAAUGCAUAAAACCUUACCUCUCUAAACCUUUUUUUGUGCAAUGUCUUCAUCAUUCUGUUACAUUGUGUCUACUAAUUCAUUCUAAUUCCUUCUCACUUUUAAGCUUAUUCUUUCACUCCUUUCCUCAUGAUCCCUUCUGGAAUAAUGAAAAUCCAUAGAGGAAAAAUGCCUUUUCCUAUUAUUAUCAUCUCUAUUUGUAUUCUUGUCUUCAUUGCUGUUUUGUAUGCAGAGAGACUCAGUUUUCUUUCUUCUAAGUCCAUUUUCAAGUUCAAACCUUGCCCUAGAAAAAACGCCAAACUAAAAUCAAGUGAUAAGAAAGUUGAUGAGGAGAUUGUAAAUACAACAUGGAUUGAUGACAGGUUUGAUUUUGACUCAGAAGAAUGCAACAUUGCCAAUGGAAAAUGGGUUUUUAACCAAUCAAUAAAGCCAAUCUACACUGACAUAACUUGUCCAUAUAUAGAAAGACAAUUUUCUUGUAUAAAAAAUGGUAGAACAGAUUCUGAUUAUCAACAUUGGGAGUGGCAGCCAGAAGAUUGCACCUUGCCAAGUUUCAAUCCAGUGUUAGCUCUCAAAAAACUUCAAGGGAAAAGACUACUAUUUGUAGGGGAUUCACUUCAAAGAAAUCAAUGGGAAUCUUUUGUAUGUUUGGUAGAAUGGAUCAUACCUCAAAAUCAGAAAUCUAUGAAAAGAGGGGUUGUUCAUUCAGUCUUCGAAGUCAAGGAAUAUAAUGCUAGUAUAGAAUUCUACUGGGCCCCAUAUCUGGUUGAGUCUAACACUGACAUACAUUUCAUUGGAGAUACAAAGAAAAGGAUAAUAAAAGUGGAUGCUAUCAAAGAGAGAGCAAAAAAUUGGACAGAAGUGGAUAUCCUUGUUUUCAAUACCUAUGUAUGGUGGAUGAGUGGUUCUAGGAUUAAAUCAUUAUGGGGUUCAUUUAGCAAUGGAUUUGAAGGGUAUGAAGAAUUUGAUACACCAGUAGCAUACAAGUUAGCUUUGAAGACUUGGGCUAAUUGGGUUGACUCAACUAUUAAUCCAAACAAAACAAGGGUCUUCUUCACUACAAUGUCACCUACACACACAAGAAGUCAAGAUUGGGGAAACAUGAAAGAUGAGAAAUGCUUCAAUGAGACAAAGCCAGUGAGGAAAAAGAAGCAUUGGGGAACUGGUUCUGAUAAACGUAUAAUGAGUGUGGUAGCAAAAGUUGUGAAGAAAAUGAAAGUUCCAGUGACAUUCAUCAACGUAACACAAAUAUCAGAGUAUAGAAUUGAUGGUCAUUCUUCAGUGUAUACUGAAAAUGGAGGAAAAUUGUUAAGUGAAGAAGAGAGGACAAAUCCACAAAAUGCAGAUUGUAUACAUUGGUGUUUGCCUGGUGUUCCAGAUACAUGGAAUCAAAUAUUUUUGGCAAUGUUAUAACAAAAUAUCUUGCACAAAAAUCUUACACAAUGUCUUAUGUUGUUUUUAUUUUAUUUUAUUUUUUCUUUUGUGACAUGAAGAUGUUCACUAUUUUAUUUGUGUACAUUCAUUUUUCAAUACUAUUUGUGUGAUAUAUCUAACAAAUUUUUACUUGCAAAA